AUGUCUGACGAUGUCCCGUGGCCACCUUCAUCACCUCGGGCUGCCCUGCUCAGCUCGCCUAGCGGUCGCAGAAAAUACGAAGCCUAUCAGAACUCCUAUUCUCCGGUGAAAAGAUCCGCAACGACCCCAAACCUCCUCGAUCGGCUUCGGGCCGCCCGCAAAGACAAAGAAUACCCGUCUCCAGACCAGAGCAUGGAGGAAGAUGUUGAAGAAGAUGAAGAGACGCUCCAGCUUAAACUGGCCGCCAUCGAGGCGAGGUUGAAGCUGAAGAAAUUGCAACAGAACAAAGCUAGGGCAGCCACCCCAGGGAAGGAAUCCUCGCGGCCCAGCUCAGCCCACGGCCCGGCUUCGGGAGUGUCCAAACCGUCCUCCAGGUUGCGAGAGCCUCUACUUGAACCUGCAAAAGUGGAGGUUGCAGUGUCGCCGACAAGACGACCACCGCCGGCUGUGCAACAGAGGUCUCCCCGGCGCGUUCUACUUGGAAUCGACAAGGGGGUACGAGGUGGUGAUGUGUCCCUACGCAGAGCCAACACUAUAGCCGGUGUUACUCGACCGAGAGCCGAAUUGGGAGGUACUAGCAGCAGUCGACCUUCAUCACGGUCGUCAGCGUUUGGUUCUGCCCGAGCCGCCGCCACUUUGAAAUCGACCUUUAGCGAAGACAGCAAGAGAAAGACGUUCGGCGAGAGAAUGGGAGACGCGCGAGAGCGCAUAAAGACCCUCGAGCAACGACGCGAGACUAGCAGUCGGAGCCGCAGCAAAGGAUUCGGCCUAGAUCAAGCGGAACUUGAUAAGUACAGGUUAGAAGCCGAAGAAUCUCGCAGUCGCGAGCCCCCGAGAUCCCCGCCCGGGAUGCAUCAGCAUCAAGCAUAUAGUCGAGACGACAUCGUCAGCACAGCGAGGGAAGCCAUCUCUGGGACCCGGUUGCCCAAGAUGAAACAGGCAAAGCCCGGUGUACAAGCAUCGUCGUCAUCUCAAGAUUCCGACACGGUCGUUUUCCCUCAGGCAGACUCCUCACUCUUCGAAGGCUUCUCCCAACUACACCUCUCGUCCCGCAUUUUACCACACUCGUUCCUCAAACGGACCUUGCCAACCGACAAAUUCACCAUCUACCGCAUCCCCGAUCUUCUGAGACAGGUCAAAUCGCCUGAUUUCGAACUGCCAGACUCGGUAUGUGACUAUGUGAUUUGCGGCGUGAUCGCGUCCAAAUCCUCGCCCAUGGAUCACAAGGCACCGGCGCCCGAUUCCUCGACGGUCGGCACCAAAGACUGGGAACGGCAGUGGGAGGACGGGUCCAACAACCAGCGGCGGUUUAUGGUUCUGACCCUGACAGAUCUGAAGUGGACAGUUGACCUGUACUUAUUUGGAACCGCGCUACCGCGCUACCAUCGGCUGACUCCGGGAACGGUGGUUGCCAUUCUGAAUCCGGGAAUCAUGCCGCCGAAGCAUGGGAAGACAGAUACAGGCGCGUUCAGCUUGACAAUGCACAAUGGUGACGAUACAAUCCUGGAGAUCGGAACGGCCAGGGACCUCGGACACUGCAAGACGGUGAAGAAGGACGGCAAAGAGUGCGGCAGCUGGGUAAACUCGUCCAAGACCGAGAUCUGCGAGUGGCAUUUGAACGCGCAACUCAACAAAACCCGUGCCUCACGCAUGGGCGUCAACACCGGCACCAACGGCUUCGGCGGCACAGGUGCGAACAGUCGUCGGUUUUUCGACAAGACUGCCUCGAACCGCGGCAACAACGGUCUCCUACCACGCGACGGGCACAGAUACGACCGCGACACAGGGAGUCAUUUCUACAUCUCCCGCUCCAACACUGGCUCGCUACCUGGUGAGCGUCGGACUGGCGCCGGCGGUGGUGGUAUAGGCCUAGGUCUUGACGACGAUGAUCCGUUCAUUCCCGAAGGGCAGCUUUCGCGCGACCGCGACGCCCGGCUCCGAAAACACUUCGCCACGCAGGAGAAGGAGCGCGAAAUCGCCGAGAAACUGGGUUCAGGCCGCUACGCCGGCUUUGGCGGCGCGGGCGCCGAGUAUCUGAGGCAGAAAACCCAAUCUCAACCUCAGUCUCGCGCAGUUUCUGCUGGAGGAGGUGUCUCGAGCAAAAAUCCUGCUGGAGGUGCCCAUCCGCGCAGACCUCUUCAGGAAGAGGAAAAGGCACUUCGGCCCAGCGCGGGCGGCGCCGACAAGGUCAAGUCGUCGUCUCAGCGCGGCGCCAUGCUCUCUGCUGAAGUAAUGGACCCCCUGGCCCGCGGUGGCUUGUCGCGGAAACGCACCGCCACUGACGUGCGCCUGUCGCCGGUCAAGAAGAAGACUCGCUUCGUCACCCCCAGAGGCAUCAGGGAGGCUGGGCGGGAGAGUCUAGGUGUGCCGGUCAGUGGGGGUGGUUUAGCGACUGUUUCGGCACAGCCUGAUGGAAGUGGAAGCGGUAGUGACGAUGAAUUGGAAAUCGUCUGA